AUGUGGAAUGCGGUAGCCGGAAGUACACCAGUGUGUAGUCGCCUUGCGGAUCGGCACUGUGGGAACGAUCGACAGUGCCCUAGGUGUGGGAUAGCUGAUGAAACGAUAAACCACAUGCUCUUUGAAUGUCCACUAGCAAAACAAGUGUGGCUGCUAUCAAAUAUUCACUCAACUCCGGGGUCCUUGCCGUGUAACAUACUCCUCUCCAACUUCGACUUCUUACUAUGGCGUCUAAAGGAGACUGGCGUACCAGAGAACAUUGCAUUCGGGGUGCCUUGGAUCUGUUGGUUUAUAUGGAAGGCAAGGAAUGAAAAAGUGUUUAAGGGUAAAGAUGUAGCACCUCAUGAAUCCCUCCAAAUGGCAUUCGCCGAAGCGGAUUCAUGGCUUGUAGCGCAAGUAGUGACAAGGUCCCUUGACACAGUCCCACCUACGGACAAUAUUUCUACACAUAACUCAAAUGUAAUGUACCCGAGAUGCCAGGUAGAUGCAUCAUGGGUACAUAACAAUCCCACUUUUGGAGGUGGUCUCGUUCUGGAUAUCGAUGAGGAUACGGGUUCGUUUGCAAGCACGCAAGUCCUCACUCCGCUACAUGCAGAGUUUCACUCUUUGAUUUGGGCCAUGAAAGCAAUAAGGCAGUUGGGAUAUGUCUCAGUUUCUUUUGAAACCGACUGCCUGCAGCUAGUCAAGCUCGUUGAAGAAAAAGAAGAAGAUUGGCCAUCUUUGGCCUCUGAGUUAGAAGAUUUUCGUUUCACACGUUUAACUUUCUUAUCAUUCUCUUUAACUUUCAUACCACGCAUUGUUAAUGUCCGUGCCGACUCCUUAGCUAAGGAAGCUCGAACACGAGGCUCUUGUUUCUCCCAUGUAAACUCCUGUUUUUCGAGCGAAACUGUCCCUAGGGCAGCUCCGUUUGUUACUAUCUAA